GCCACCCCUGCCGCCCCGCCCGGCAGGCGGACCCCGGCGCGGCCUGCGCGGCGCGGCGCGGCCCACAGGCGCGGGUGGCAUGGCGGCCGCGGCGGCCGGCCCUUAGUGCCGGCGGAGCGGAGGAGCGGCCAGGCGGCCUCAUGGAGGACACUUAGGGCCGCCCGGGACGGGAGCGGAGCCGGCAGCGAUGCCGUCACCUGGGCAGACCCAGACCACUGGAAGCCCCCCAAGGACGUAGGUGACCCCCAGGGUGUGGAGGCAGGGAAGAACCUUGAACUGUGAGGGGCUGUUAACUCUAAGAUGUCCUUGAGCAGCGGAGCUUCCGGAGGGAAAGGAAUUGAUGCGAACCCGGUUGAGACGUACGACAGCGGGGAUGAGUGGGACAUUGGCGUAGGGAAUCUCAUCAUUGACCUGGACGCUGAUUUGGAGAAGGAUCAGCAGAAAUUGGAAAUGUCGGGCUCCAAAGAGGUGGGGCUCCCGGCACCCAACGCGGUGGCGACCCUGCCGGAUAACAUCAAGUUUGUGAGCCCGGUGCCGGGCCCGCAGGGCAAGGAAGGCAAAUCCAAGUCGAAAAGGAGCAAGACUGGCAAGGACAGUGGCAAGCCAGCCCCAGGGACUUCCUUAUUCACUCCCAGCGAGGGAGCUGGUGGCAAGAAGGAGGCUCAAGGGCGCGCUGGGGAUGGUGCGAACUCGGGCAGCUUGGUGCCUGCCGUCACCCCAAAGGGCUCAGAGAAAUCGGCCAAGGCAUCUCGCAGCGUGGCCGGCUCCAAGAAGGAGAAGGAGGGCGGCUCGUCCAAAAGCAAGAAGGAAAGGAGUGAAGGUGCAGGGGCUGCAUCGGAGAAGGAGCCCAGCGUGCUGCAGCCCCUGGCCCUGGCAGUGAGGGUGGGACAGUAUGAUGGGGGCCAGGGGACAGAGCCUGCUGCUGCCGAGCAGCUUGGGAGUAUAGCUAUUGACACGGGAGCUGCACUCAAUCCCUUGGGAGUUAAGUCGGAGCUGGAGGAUGGGGAAAGCGAGUGCCGACAGCUGAAAAAGGUGAAGUCGGAGAAGAUGGAGUCUCCGGUCUCCACGCCUGCAGUGCUGCCCUUGCACCUCCUUGUCCCCGUUGUCAACAAUGACAUCUCGUCGCCUUGCGAGCAGAUCAUGGUACGCACGCGCUCGGUGGGAGUGAACACCUGCGACGUGGCCCUGGCCACUGAGCCUGAGUGCCUGGGCCCCUGCGAGCCUGGGACCAGCGUCAACCUGGAGGGCAUCGUCUGGCAAGAGACAGAAGAUGGUAUGCUGGUGGUCAACGUCACCUGGAGGAACAAGACAUACGUGGGGACGCUGCUGGACUGCACGCAGCACGACUGGGCACCUCCACGGUUCUGUGACUCCCCCACCAGUGACCUGGAGAUGCGCAACGGCCGGGGCCGGGGCAAGCGCAUGCGCCCCAACAGCAACACGCCUGUGAACGAGACGGCCGCGGCCUCGGACAGCAAAGGGACCAGCAACAGCAGCAAGACCCGGGCGGGAGCCAACAGCAAAGGGCGCCGGGGCAGCCAGAACUCCUCAGACCACCGCACGCCGCCCGGAGGCACGGCCGAGGACGUGAAGGCCAGUCCCUCCUCCGUCACCAAGCGGAAGAGCAAACCCCUCUCCGACAUGGAGCUGAACUCCAGCUCGGAGGACUCCAAGGGCAGCAAACGCAUCCGCACAAACUCAAUGGGCUCGGCAGCCAUGCCACCUGCUGCGGUCAAGGUGGAGCCGGCUGUGCUCGACCGAAACUGCCCUUCUCCCAUCCUCAUUGACUGUCCCCACCCCAACUGUAACAAGAAGUACAAGCACAUCAAUGGGCUGAAGUACCAUCAGGCCCACGCACACACGGACGAUGACAGCAAGCUGGAGGCAGAUGUGGACAGCGAGUAUGGCGAGGAGCAGUCCCUGCACGCAGACAUGGGGAGCUGCAACGGUGCUACCAUCUCGCAGAAGGGCUCGCUUUCACCAGCUCGCUCGGCCACCCCCAAGGUGCGCUUGAUGGAGCCCCACAGUCCCUCCCCAUCCAGCAAGUUCAGCGCCAAGGUGGCCUGCAAGAAGAAGCUGGGUGGGGAAGGAGAUACUGACCCAGGUGCUCUGUCCAAUGAUGGUUCUGAGGAUGGUCCCUCGGUGGCUGAUGAGACGAGUAACGACGACUUUGACUCUCUGGAGAAACGAUGUGUUGAUAAGGACAAGUCGAAGAAGGCAUCUGGUGCUAAGGCAGAGAAGAUCCCUUCCAAAAGCUUGAAGUCUGCCAGACCCAUUGCACCAGCCAUCCCCCCCCAGCCAAUUUACACUUUCCAGACAGCCACCCUGACCACAGCCAGCCCUGGUUCCUCCACAGCCCUUGCCACCACUGUGGUCCAGACCAUGCCCAACAGCCCACAGCUUAAACCCAUCCAGCCCAAGCCCACAGUCAUGGGAGAGCCCUUUGCAGUCAACCCUGCCCUCACCCCUUCCAAGGAGAAGAAGAAGAAGGAGAAGAAGAAGAAGGAGCCCAAGGAGGUAGAAAACCCUUUGACUCCAGGCAAAGCCUGCAGAGUGGAGGAAGGCAAGAGCCCUUUCCGGGGGGAAUCCAGUGACCUGGGAAUGAAAGGCGAGGGGCUGCUGAAUGGUUCCUCCGAUCCCCACCAGAGCCGGCUUGCCAGCAUCAAGGCCGAGGCUGAUAAAAUCUACAGCUUCACCGACAAUGCCCCAAGCCCCUCCAUUGGUGGUGCCAGCAGGCUGGAGAACACCAACCCAGCCCAGCCCAUGACCCCCCUGCACGUUGUCACCCAGAACGGAGCAGAGGCCAGCUCGGUGAAAACCAACAGCCCAGCCUACUCAGACAUCUCGGAUGCUGGGGAGGAUGGGGAGGGCAAGCUGGAGAGCGUGAAGGCGAAGGAUCCUGAGCAGCUGGUCAAGGAAGGCGCCAAAAAAGCUCUUUUCCCCCCACAACCACAGAGCAAAGAAUCUCCCUAUUACCAAGGCUUUGAAACCUACUAUUCCCCUGGCUACCCCCAGGCAAGCCCAGGGCCCUUGAACCCCAGCAGCCAGGCCACAGCUGAGACACAGGCCUUGAAGCUAAAGAAGGAUGAGGAGCAGGAGAGCCUGGAGGUGAAGGUGAAGAGUGAAGGUUGUGAAGAGAAGAAGGCAGAGCUCAGCAGCUCCAGCCAGCAGCCCUCGGUCAUCCAGCAGCGUCCCAACAUGUACAUGCAAUCCCUCUACUACAACCAGUAUGCCUAUGUGCCCCCCUAUGGCUACAACGAGCAGGGCUACCACGCUCACCUGCUGAGCACCAACCCUGCCUACCGCCAGCAGUACGAGGAGCAGCAGAAGCAGCGGCAGAGCCUGGAGCAGCAGCAGCGAGGGCUGGAGAAGAAGGCAGAGCUGGGCCUGAAGGAGAGGGAGGCAGUGCUCAAAGAGGAGUGGAAACAAAAGCCGCCCAUGCCCCCGACGCUGACCAAAGCCCCAAGCCUCACCGACCUCGUCAAGUCAGGUCUGAGCAAGGCCAAGGAGCAGGGAGGUCCUGACAUGGCCAAAUCCGUCAUCAUCCCCAAGCUGGAGGACUCAUCCAAGCUGCCCAGCAGCCAGGUUGCCGAGGGGCUGAAGGUGAAGCUGAGUGAGAGCAGCCACCUCGGGAAGGAGGCUGCUGAGACAAAGUCUGGCUCUGAGUGUGGCCGGCAGGCGGAGGUGGACCCUGUGCUCUGGUACAGACAGGAAGCUGAGCCUCGGAUGUGGACCUAUGUGUACCCAGCAAAGUACUCGGACAUCAAGACGGAGGAUGAGCGGUGGAAAGAGGAAAGGGACCGAAAGUUGAAGGAAGAAAGAAAUCGAAGCAAAGAUGCUUCCAAGGAGGAUGGGAAGGAGAGCACCAGCUCCGACUGCAAGCUGACCCCCACCGAGGAGGCUCGCAUGGUGGGGAAGGACCCCAGGCCCAGCGUCCAUGUCCCUGUUUCUUCACCCCUCACGCAGCAUCAGUCCUACAUCCCCUACAUGCACGGCUACUCCUAUAGCCAGUCGUAUGACCCCAACCACCCCAGCUACCGGGCCAUGCCCACCGUCAUGAUGCAGAAUUACCCAGGAUCAUACCUACCCUCCAGCUAUUCCUUCUCCCCGUACGGGAGCAAGGCAUCUGGCAGCGACGACAGCGACAAGUCCCGAGCCAGCCCCAGCGUGAGUUGUAAAUCCAGCUCAGAGUCCAAGGCCCUGGACAUCCUGCAGCAGCAUGCCAGCCACUACAAGAGCAAAUCACCCACGAUAAGCGAGAAGACGUCUCAGGAGCGGGACCGUGGCGGCUGCGGGGUGGUGGGGGGCGGCGGGAGCUGCAGCAGUGUCGGGGCAGGCGGUGGUGGGGAGAGGAGCACGGACCGGCCACGCACGUCGCCAUCGCAGCGCCUGCUCUCAACGCACCACCACCACCACCACCUCGGGUACUCGCUGCUGCCGGCGCAGUACAACCUGCCCUAUGCAACAGGUCUCUCCUCCACAGCCAUCGUUGCCAGCCAGCAAGGCUCCGCUCCCUCCCUGUACCCGCCUCCCCGGAGGUGAGAACGGACGUGAUGCGCUGGGACGCCUGGGCUGUACGAGACAUGUGACUGGCUCACAUGGGGAAGCGCUGGAGACUCCUUUAGACAUCAGUUGAAUGGUGUUAAUUGUUCUGCUUGACGUUCCUGCCGUGAUCUGAGGCAGACUCUGUCUUCUCCCCUCCCACACCCCAUUGGACACACACUGACUCCCCCUCUGCACCCUCCUCUUUGGUGAGCGGAUGAGCUGGUACCUGCAGAAAUAUUUAUUCUACUGGGCACUGGCGCUGGAGGGGACUCGCCUGCCUGGUGCAUAUGAAGAGGAAACGGAAGCACUGAGGUUUCUCGAUGGAUUUGGGACCCCACCAUGUCUCUGAUGGGGCUGAGCACCACGGGACCAGGGCCUGGCGGGGUCACUGCCUGCUCCAUGCUCCUCACUGGGGCUGGCAUGUGGGGCCAAGCCUGCCGGGAGGUCUCAGGAAAGGAAGAGCUGGCUCAUGUGGAGCCAAGGUGGGUGUUGUGGGGCUAGGGCAGGUGUCAGCGUGGCCCGAGGCUGCUGUGGGGCACGGGGACGUGCUGCACGUGGGGCGCAGCCUCUCCCCGUCGCACUGUUGAUCCUCGCACCCACAGCACCAGCUGCUCCGUGCCUGUAUGGGUCAGGGGAUCUGGGGCUGUGCCCGGUCCCCAUGAAGCAGCCCCUGCCUAGGGUGAGUGGGGCUCUGCAGGGCUGGCGGCUGCAGGGUUCCUCCCUGUGCCUUGCACGGCCCAGACCUGCUGGCAGCUCAUGCCUGAGGUUUUUAACUUGAUUUCCAAGCUGUGUCUGCACCCCCCAGCCUUUGCCCCCAGCCCCAGGAAGUGCUCCCUAAGCCCCAGGGCAGUGCAUCGAGGGGGGGCACAAGGCUGUGGCUCCUCUUCACACCCACCUUGUGUGUCUGAGGCGCUUCCCAGCCCGCAGGCAGAGCCCAGCAAGGAGCAAGCACACUUAGGCUCUGCCAGAGGCACUUGGGCCCUGCCAGGCCUCCCCCAGCCUCGUGCAGGGGCUCCAGGCCCUGGAGGAAGCUGGUUCUGCUCCUGGCUGCUCCCCAGUGCCCAAGGACAGGGGCUUUCUGGUCCUCUGCUUCCAGCCCCAGAGCGGCUCUCCCCGGGCCGAUGCUCUACCUCGGCCCCGCACAGCCGGGCUGCCGCAGCGCGCUCCCCGCUGCCCGGCCGGGGGACACGGGGGGCCCAUGGGUCUCGGUUGUGUGUGUGUGUGUGUCCGUGUCGCACCCGGCCCCUUGGGGCUGCUGUACCGGGAUGCUCUGCCCGCCGGGCUCUGUACAUACUGUAAAAAGCAAUUGUUUGAAA